CAGUGGAUCAUCUUGUGAAUAUAGUAAGCUUAGGACAUACUUUCUACCUGGAAGAAGCCACGGACACAAAUUUGUUUCCCAUUUUGAUGGAUAUCAAUUUCUGGGGUAAUGUGUAUCCAACCUACGUAGCUCUACCUUACCUGCGGCAAACGAGAGGUCGAGUCAUCGUGAAUGCAUCAGUGGAGAACUGGUUACCCUUGCCAAGAAUGAGCUUAUACUCUGCAGCAAAAGCCGCAGUUAUAAACUUUUACGAGACCCUGAGGUUAGAGGUGAAGGAUGACGUCGGGAUCACAAUAGCGACGUACGGAUGGAUAGGGACUGAAAUAACAAGAGGAAAAUUCAUGAUGGAGGAAGGUGCAGAUAUGCAGUGGAAGGAAGAAAGGGAAGUUCGUGCAUCCGAAAGUUCAGUGGAGGAAUUUGCCAAGUUGAUUGUGCAGGGAGCAUGUCGUGGAGAUCCAUACGUGAAAUAUCCGGGCUGGUACGACAGUUUCCUUCUCUAUAGAGUCUUCGCGCCAAACGUCCUCCAAUGGACAUUUCGCGUGCUAUUUGCACAUCAAAGUGCUAGGAGAACUUCCUUUAUUGGAACUGGAAGGCCUCUUCUGGAGUCAUCCCCUUCCUCAUCUCCAUCCCUCCUCUUCCUCAUCUUCUCCUCAGAGACACGGAGGGCAUAUCGUGAUGCAAGAGCUGCCGAAAAUGGAAUGAAGACAACACCAAGACUCAAGUCUUUACUCUGAUUUUCCAUUGGAUAUGUUCAAGAAUGUGUCUUUAUCAAGAUUUUGUGCAGAUCAUUGUAAUAUGAUAUUUUCUGUUCUCGAGCUGAAUAAACCAAUAAACUUGGUUUUUGUGUUCU